AUGGCUGAGACAACGGGCGAAGAAGAUGUGCGGCUCAUGAGCCGCGAGGAGCGUAUCGCAAGCUACCGUGAGCUUGUGGAGGGCCUCGACGACAUCCUUGCCUCGCACGACGCCGAUGGCGACAACGACGGCGAGGAUGCGGAGCAGAUGGCAGCGCUGGUGGAGGAAGUAGAGGUACAGCUGCGCACCCUCGCCCAACUGCUGAAUGAGGAGGAAACAAUCCAGGUCACACCGGGGCUCAUGAAGAAGGUGGUGAAGUCUCCCGAGACGGGAGAGGUGCUGACUACUAUCAUCUACCCCCCGCCUAUCGUGCCCAGCAUAGCUUCCUCGUCGCCGGCGCUGCGUCCGGCGCCGUACGAGGUGCUCUUCGACGAGCGUGAUUGGUAUCCGUGCGUGAUCACCGGCAUCGUGCCGCCAGCCAAAGAUGUUGACCGGGUGCAGUACAAGGCGUGGAUCUUGGGCCACAACGUGGAGGAGAUCGUGUAUAGUGAGGCGCUGCGUCCCUGGCAACCAACCGCGUCCACCAGUGACAUCCAAGGUGGGGUGAGCUGCCAUGUAAUCGAUCCCCAGACCGGACGGUAUGUGGAGGGCAUCGUGGAUCACCUGACGCUGGAAGAGACGGUGCUCGUGAAGGUGCCCGUGACACCGUCCACCUCGACCGCCGUAUCCGCAUCACCUUCGACCGCAGCCACCACUACCACCGUGACGGUGCCGCUGUCCCACGUGCGGGUGGGCAAGUUCUACUCUCAACUGCGCCACCGCCCGAAGACGGAAGAGGAGCGGGCGGCGCGGCGCGCGGAGCAGGCACGACUGAAGCGCGAGCGGGCGGCGCAGCAGCGGCAAAUGGCAGCAGACAAGGUUGCAAAGGACGCGGAUGACUGGCAGUCGCUCAUUGGGGACAUGAUGGGCGUGGGCGGUGGUGGCAAGACGCACAAGCGGCGGCGCUUUCAGUAA